AUACCACGGACUGUUACUUCUGCAUGACAAACCUUCAGGGUAUAAACAGGAAGAACAAACAUCAUGUUAAGUAUCCAGAUGUACCCUCAGCCAUCAAACCAGUUCCUCACGGACCAGGAAUACCAAUUCCAACUCCACCAGAAAACUAUAGGGACAUGAUACUCGAUGACGAUCAUGAUAUCGAUGAAGACAUAGAAGAGACUGACGCUUCUAGUACAUACUUGCCCACAGCUUCUGCAAAAGAGCCCAUACCCUUCAGUCAAGCUGAGUUGAAUGAUUUAACAAGAGACUUGUGCUUGUCUAAGGAGUCGGCUCAACUACUAGGAUCACGGCUUUGCGAACACAAUGUCUUAACACCAGAACAACAUUUGCCUGGUACCGUAACCGUGACAAGGAAUUUCGCAAGUUCUUCAGUUUUGACAAGGAAACUUCAUUGGUGUAUUGCAACAAUAUCAGUGAACUCAUUGCAGCUAUGGGAAUAUCAUACAAUAUAUCAGAGUGGCGGCUCUUCAUUGACUCAUCAAAAAGAAGCUUGAAA